AUGCUUGUCUCUUCCUUUGAGUCCGUGAUUACUGUUGGUCUAAUCUUCUGCUCGACAAUCAUCACGGCUAUGCCCAAUGUCCAGCCUGGUGCCGCAGUAAGACACAUAGAUAGCAGAGCGGAAAGAGUUGACAUCGGCCCUAGGGGAAAGUCUAGAGGCUCGCGGAAAACCUCCGCGGCGUCCACCCGCGAGGCGGCCACCUGCGAGGAAUGCGGCUAG